UUUUUUCCAAGUGCUAAAAAACAAAACAAAAAAAAUGAGAACUCUAUUCCAACUUCUUCAUCCUCUGUUCCUCCCAGCUCUUUCAUUCUUAGUUCUUCCUUCCCUAAUGCAUGCAAAAUCUGUAAUCGAACCCUGUAGCUCCUCAGACUCAUGCACCUCUCUUCUCUCCUAUAUCUUACCCUGGGACUCCAAGAUCUCUGAGAUCGCAUCUCGGUUCCAAGUAAACAUAACUGACAUCCUCGCCGCUAACUCCAUCAACCCUUCAAUUCCAUCCCUAGGGAAUCAAAUUCUUCGAGCAAACUCUGUUUUCAAAAUACCCAUUUCGUGUCCCUGCGUGGACGGUAUCCGGCGUUCCAUGUCAACCACUUACGGAGUCCGGGCAGCUGACAGUGUAGAAUCCAUAGCAGACGGAUAUGGCGGGCUUGUGAGUGCCGAGCAAAUUAGGAGUGCGAAUGGCAUUAAUGGCGAUAAUCAGUUGUUGAGCAGGCAGAGUUUACUGAUACCGUUGCCUUGCACCUGCUUCAACAACAGUAACAAUGGGGUCGCCACGGUGUACAUGUCGUAUGUGGUGCAGAGAGGAGAGAGCUUGAGCGGCAUAGGACUGGAAUUCGGCACAACUGUUGUGGACUUGGAGGCCGUCAAUGGGCUUGCACGACUGGUCGUUGAUCCUGGAGAUAUACUGGCUGUUCCAAUUUCAGCAUGUUCUUCGGCAAAUCUGAACUGGUACAACGAGAGUCUAAUAGUGCCAAAUGGUUCGUAUGCUCUGACUGCCAACAACUGCAUCAAAUGCAUUUGUGGAACAGACGAUCUCAACUUGAAAUGUUUUCCAUCUGGCAUCGCUGUCCCAUGCUCCCAUUUACAGUGCAACGGAUCUAAUCUUUUUAUUGGCGAUGCAUAUGUCAAGCAAACGGCAGCUGGUUGCAAUGUCAGCACUUGCGUGUACCGUGGCCAUAGUGGGCGCAGAAUUUUCCGAAGUCUAGCAAAUUCUUCUCAGUGCACAGAUAAGCAAAACUACAGUGCAGCCGCACCUACGGGAUCAUCUCCGUCAUCGCCUUCUCCACUAGUCCCAUUUGUAACAGUAUCUCCAUCUGGACCAUCUCCAUCUCCAUCCCCAUUUCCAGGUUCUAAUGGAGCCACAAUUGGGACUGGUGCCUCUGCUCCAAGGAGUAAACAGAGUUCUAACAUUUCUGAUAAUGGCGGAUUGCUUGGUCAAGUUUCAUCUUACAAUUUAUUGCUACCGGCCCUUGCCGUCCUUUAUUAUUUCAUGUGAUAAAAUGGCUUCGACCGAUCUUCAUCAGAUACUUCCUAUCUGAAAGAAACAAUGUCGUUGCAUGCCCAAAUUCAUGAACAAAUUCAUCAA